AUGACACCAACGUCACUGCAUACUUCAACUACCAGCAUUCUCGCUGAUGUUCCACCGUACUCGUUACCUGAUGUAAGCGAGGUAUCUCAGAGCGAUGACUGGACUGAAGUCACAGACCGCAAAGCCAAAAAGCGUAUUCAGAACAGAGUGGCACAAAGAACAUACCGCCAACGCAUGAAGGCCAGACUUGCGGAGCUUCAAGCCAAGGUCCAUCAGAACGAGUCCCAGAACCAGAACCAAAACCAAAACCAGAGCCAGGGAGUUGGAAAUGGAACUCAGACGACGACAUCAGUCAAUGAAGAAAACGAUGCGGCCGAUCCCAACAAUCAUCGGGAGACACUGAAAAGUCCCGUAUCGCAACCUAAACUAGUUCAUGAAUCUGUGGCCAGUACUGCAGAAGCCCUAUAUUCUCACAGCCUAUCAGACGGCUUGUCAAAUUUGAAUGGCAAUGGUAUGAUGGGUACGCACCUGAUGGCCUCUGCCUCGCAGAGCUGCCGAACUUAUCCAUUCACCCCCCAUGGUAGCGACAACUUGGACAGCUUGGAUAUGUCCAUGUCGUCACAGUCAGAGUCUCGUAAAUCCACGGACUCCUUUGCGCAACUGAUGAGACAAAUGUCGUUUCCCAUGGGGGCGCCUGACCUUUCUGGUCAAACAAACUCGCGUGAAAAUUCGCAUUGUGACUCGUCGUCGGUACCAAUGCAAUCUGCUGCGGAUUGCCCAUCUCCUGAUUACUCGGCCAACGGUGGAUGGUUAGAUGACCGAAUUGAAUGUGUUAUGGAGUGUGCAGCGGCGUUGGGAUUUCCGAAUUUCGACGCCUUAGUGACCACCUACUAUAACGAAGCGUUCCGAGAGUCAUCAUAUCUCUCGAAUGAGCAACGAUUAAGCCGUAAUCGAAGGCUGCCUGGCGUAGUCACCGAUCUUGUCUCCGCAGCAAAGCAGUGGACUGCAUGGGAGCGCCGCAACUUCUAUGAAGAGAUUCUGAAGUCCGCAGAGGAUAUGCUGAUAUCGGAGAGCAAUGAUUCCAAAAGUAGGAUAAAUGCAUUUGUUGCUCCGAUUGUGAAGGUUCACGGUGCGCCAGCACCAAGUACCACCGCCACCUUGAAUAUAGGUGACGUGGUUGGUGUUGAGAAUCCCAUGUCAGUGAGACAGGCAGUAGCGUUAUUUAAAUCGACCGUUCCGGAUCAGUUGCCAAAUUUGUGGGCUCUGAUGAUGGCCUUGGCUGCCUCCUUUAAAUCAACGUGGCAACAUGACCAUUCUGGCACAGCUCUUGCUGCAGUCAUUAUGCUUCAAUUUGGUGGCCGUAUAGACAACGAGAUGCUCCUUGAUAUGAUUUGCUCCUGUCUGUAA